AUGCUAGAAACACAGUUUUCUUUAUCAUGGGAACAACACAUGCAUAAUAUUAGUUUCGGUUUGAGUAAAUUUCAACAAAGUGGUGAAUUCGUUGAUCUCACUUUAGCAGCUGAUGGCUAUUUUGUGAAGGCUCAUCAGAUGAUUUUAUCACUGGUUAGUCCUUAUAUCAAGGAUAUCAUUACUUCUUUAAAAUGUUCACAUCCAGUUAUAUUUUUAACGAAUAUAUCAUAUAAAACCUUAUGUUCAAUCUUAGACUAUGUAUACAAAGGAGAAGUGCAAGUUUCAAAAGAACAACUUGAAGAUCUAAUACAAGCUGGCAAAGUAUUGCAAAUUAAAGGACUACAAGAAAUGAAUCCACACACAGUGGCUUUAAAUUCAUCAACAAAUCAAAUUAUGGCAACAACUGCUACAAGUACAGACACAAAAACUGAAAAUGUGCAAACAAAACAAGAAGUAAAAGAGGAUUCCCAAGAGCAGCUAUUCAUAAUUGAUAAUGCACAAAGUAAUAGUGAAUAUAUUAACCAAGACUUUGUGAUGGAAGAAGGCCAAAAUGCCCAAGUUGAACUCAAUGAACAAACUAACUCCGAACUUCAAACAGGAAACUUUUCUUGUAUAAUAAAGAAUUCUACACUAAAUCAAGAUACUAGUGAAUUUCCAGUACCUUUCUUUACAAUAUCUAACCAAGGCUCUCUGCAAUUAGUUCUCAAUGGGUUUAUUUACUUUUUAAAAUAUAACAGCACAAGUGCAUCUGGUCAUUCGCAAUGGAAAUGUGUCAACUAUGUUAAUACUAAAUGCCAAGCUUACGUAAUCACUAAAAAUGAUAGAGUUAUUCAAAGACAUAGCAAUCAUGCACAUCCAACCCAUGAGAUAAAAAUUGCAAAGAAAGUGUCAACGGGUGAAAUAUUCUGUACUACGAAAUCUGCAGAAGAAUUUGCAAGAACAAAAAAGGAGAUGAACUCAAAACAUAAUCGAACGAAGAAAUCAUUAGCCUCUACU